AUGGGUGAGAAGGUGCACUGGCCGUCACAUAAACACAUAGAUGUUUACACCAAGGAUCUGAUUAGGCAACUAAGGGAAAACAAUGUCAAUUUGGGAAAGGUGUACAACAUAAUUGGGAGUUUCUUCGGGUCUGUUGAGAAGGUGCCAUUCACAAAGAGGACACUCGGGAAUAUAUGUGGAAAGAUUAGCCGUGAACAAGCUGACAAUGAUGUCUGGAAAACGCUUGAAGUGUUUGCUGACAUACGUUCAAGAGAUUCAGGGUUCACCUAUGUGGUGCUGGCUGACAAGACAAGUAAGGUCAAAAAUCUAAUGUGGGCGAAUGGCAGCAGCCGUAUGCAAUACAAAUUCUUUGGGGAUGUGGUAACGUUUGACACGACGUACAGAACAAACCUGUAUGAUAUGCCGUUCGGGUUAUUUGUCGGAGUUAACAAUCAUUACCAGAGCAUCAUCCUGGCGGGGGUGUUAAUGCGCGAUGAUCAAGAAGAGAGCUUCGAGUGGGUUUUCGCGGAAUUUCUUCGUAUGAUGGGCGGGCCUGCCCCCAGAACUAUACUCACAGACCAGUGUAGGGCGAUGGAGGUCACGAUCAGGAGAACUUAUCGUGACACUGUCCACCGUUGGUGCAAGUGGCAUGUCCUCAAGAAGGCGAAGGAAACGUUGGGCCCACUAUACACGAAGAAGAGCGAUUUUCAGGCUGAAUUUCACAAGGUAGUGAACCACAUGUUAACGGAAGAAGAGUUCGAAUCAGCUUGGGCAGCGCUGCUGGAUAAGUACAACUUGAGGAGUCACGCCUACAUGACACAAAUAUAUGAAACCCGGAGGAAAUGGGCCAAGCCAUAUUUCAGGCGUGUGUUUUGCGCAAAGAUGGCAAGCACCCAGCGCAGUGAGAGCGCAAACCACAUGCUGAAGUCAUACAUGCCCCCUGCAAGCCCAAUGCAUGUCUUUGUCAGGCAGUAUAUGAGGCUGCAAUUUGACAGAGAGCGCGAUGAAAGCUACAAGGAGAAGAGGACCAUGAUAGGGGCCCGGUAAGAUGAACUAACCUCGCGAUAGAGCGCCAUGCCAGCAAAAUAUACACUAGGAACAUGUUCGAGCGGUUUGGCGAGCUCCUGGUUGAAGGAACCGCGUACAAUGUCACUGAUGUCGAUAGGAUGAGGAGAUACAUCACCACUCACAAUAACGCAGCGAAAAGGGAGAAGUGGAGCAGGGUUGAGUAUGAGGUAACAAUAAACGAAGACAUGUCGAUCUUCAGUUGCGAGUGCGGCAAGUUCGAGCAUACUGGCAUGCUUUGCAGCCAUUCGUUGAGGGUGAUGGAAAUUCUUCACAUGGAGGAGAUACCAAAGCAUCACAUCAUGAAGCGGUGGACGAGGGACGCGAGAGAUGUACUGCCUGGGCACCUGGUUCAGUACCAGAAAGACAGUUCACAAAACCUGUCAUUCACAUACAGGCAUGCAACUCUAUAUGUGAAAGCUAUGGAAGUCGUGAGGAUGGGAGACGCAAGUGCUGCAUCAUAUGAUCAUGUGAACGCGGCUCUCGACGCUGUGCUACAGAGUGGGGCAGCAAUUGCGGAGAAGAGAGAUGGGCUGGCUUUCGAGGAUCGGCUCGUUGAACAUACACCUGCAAUACCAGGCCCAAAUGGGGAACUAGCGUUUGUCCCGCUGGGCACUGAACAAUGCCGGAGCCCCGGUCAUUCUGUCAGUGUGAAUGCAAUGCAAAAUCUAGCAGCUCCAGACAAGCAUAGAGGUGCUGGGAGACCGACAAGCAGCUGAGAGAAGGCUCCGUACGAGGGGUUAAGCAAGAGGACAAGAUUCUGCAGCAUAUGCCGCCGCGAAGGUCAUAAGAAGACGAUGUGGCCAGAAAGGGGGGAUGCGCCAAAGAAGCCACGAAAACCUGGCAAAUGCAAGAACUGUGGAAUAGAAGGGCAUCGACGGAAUACAUGCAAGAGGCCGCUUGGGGUUGCCGAGCACUGAGUUGUAUGGAAUCGGAAUGGCUCAUGUUUCAGUGAUUUGGUUGAGCGAUUUUCCUUGAGUGUUUACGGUGGGUGAGCAAUGCAUCUGUAUUUUUAUCAGUGUAGACAGCCUAUGUACGACGAUGUAUCUGAGAGCACAAUCUUUCUUUCUGUAGCGCUAAAACUGAUAACUGAAUUUUCCAGCAGCAGCCGUGGUUCAUGCUGUUCUGUUGCUUCAAUUUGAAAAACGUGGAUACC